CUCAAACGGUUUCUUUUUCUUCAACUGUCAACUUUUGAAACCGGUUCAUCACAUAGUUCAUCACUGCGUUCAUCCUUCAUCCCAAUCGUCUAAUCCCUCAAAAAUGUCCGACGCCCAAGCCGCCCAGGUUACAGAGAAUGGCGUGCCUCCGGCUGCGCAAGAGUAUGUCAUCGAAGAAGCUCCCCCAUUCAAAGUCUUCGCUGGCAAUCUUGCGUACUCUACCACGGAUGAAGGGCUCAAGACUUUCUUUGCCCCCGUACAGAGCGACAUUAUCACUGCUCAGGUCAUCCUGCGAGGUCCCAGAUCCGCAGGUUAUGGCUUUGUCGCAAUGUCCAGCGCAGAGGCUGCUCAAAGAGCCGUUGACCUCCUCAAUCUGAAGGAGCUCGACGGCCGCAAGGUCAUCGUCGAGAUUGCCAAGCCAGCCGAUCAAAAGGACAAAGAAAAGAAGGAAAAAAGGGCCAAGAGGAGACCCAACAGGCGCGGUGCCAAGGCCGUUCCUGGUGAAGUCACCGAUGCUGAGGCAAAUGGCGAAGUCAAGGCGGAGGAUGCCGCUCCCCCCACUGCUGCUUCGGGCACUGACGAGGCAGCUAAGCCCAAAAGAAAAAAGAAAAAGAGCAACCGCAAGUCCCGCCGUGGGGCUACUCCUCCGGAAUACGAAAUUGUACACGAGGAGGCUGGCUACGAGGACCCUGCCGCAGAGGGUGCCCCUGACGCUGCCACACCUCCCCCCAGGAAGCCUCGCGUCAGGACUCGGAGGCCCAGGACUUAUCGCCCAUCCCGCGCUGCCGGUGAAGAUCCCGUUGGCGAGCCCUCCAAGACCACCCUGUUUGUCGCCAACCUUGGCUUCAGCGUAGACGACGAUGCCCUCUCUGCGCUCUUUACCGAAGCUGGCGUCAAUGUCGUUUCUGCCCGCGUCGUUCGUCGCCGGUGGGGAACGCCCAGGAGGAGUAAAGGUUACGGCUUUGUCGAUGUUGGCACAGAGGAGGAACAGGCGAAGGCGAUUGAGGCUGUCCAAGGCAAGGAAGUUGGCGGCCGUCCUAUCGCUGUCAAGAUUGCUGUCAACUCUGCCCGUCAAGAAUCAGCAGAGGAAGCUGAGUACACCUCCUGAUCGCACCAUACACAUACAUGACUCCGGUCCCAUAUCCCGUUGACUUUACCUUAACUUAACGCAUGUUCAAUUUCCGGUGCAAGUUCAUCCUCACUUAGUGUUGUUCAUCUCGCUCGCGCUAUGGUUUUUCGCGUAUGUUUACUAG